CUGACCCCGCGGCCGCAGCGGGGCCAUGAGCGGGGGCGGCCCGGCGGGCCCCGGGCGGAGCGGGGCGGCCCCGCUGCCCAGCCCCAGGAGGCGGGAGGCGCUGGCGGCCGGGUCCCCUCUUCAGCCCAUCAUAAAGGAUGUUGGGGAAAUCUAUUCAAGACUGCUGGAUCACAGACCGGUAAUUCAGGGAGAAAUACGUUACUUUGUUAAAGAAUUUGAAGAAAAACGUGGCCUCCGAGAACUACGAGUACUUGAAAACCUAAAGAACACAACCUUUGAAACAAAUGAACAUGUUCUUCCUAAUUGUGAGCAGGCAAUGCAUGACAAUUUGAAUGAAACGCUCAGGAGAUUGCAAGAUGCCAACGAUAUGAUCCAUAGACUCCAAGAGAGGGAGCAUGAAGUGAGAAAGGAAUUGGAAUAUUGGUUUCAAGAUUUUGACUGUGUUGCACACACAAACAUAGCCACUCGGCAGCCAUCAGUGUUCAUGAUCUGGAAGUGCUGCUGAGAACAGUUGGGUUUCCCAGGAAGGAGAGCUGCAGUGCCUGAGAACAAGCUAAAGACUGAUUGUGCAGAGAAAGGCACAAGGUUUUCAAGAAGAAGAAAGGAAUUAGACCACUGACAUUUUUAUAAACUAAACUUAGCUAGCUCAUGUUCUAUAAACAUCUUCAGUUGUUUUACCAGGUAAAUAAUUUUAUAUUCUUGGGUAGAAAUGGUGCAACGACAAUCAAAGUAGCAUGUAGCAGCAUGAGUUUCAUGUUCCUUGCAGACUAUUCCUGUUGUGAGAAGCGUGGGUUAGUCUGGCUGAAGUGUGUUUUGGGAAGGUGCUGUGUAAUCCUGUGAGUAAGCCUCUGAUGUGCUGACAGUUUCAAAACCUCUUGAAUAUGAAGUAGGAUACCCCUUGAACUAGUAGUACCCACUAGUUAUUUGCUGAUACUACCAUCUGUUGCAAACAAAAUGGAUCUUGGCAUGAUGUUGUUACAAUGUGUAUAAAAUGCUGCAUGGCAAAAAUGGUAUAAUUAACCCACAAUGUGUUAUUUUAAAGAGCAGCACAGUGUGUGUGUUGAAUACCUAAAUGGGUUGUCAUUACCUUUAGUUGACAAAAAUGCCAGGUGUCUAUUGAAUAUGUAUGGUAGUAUUUAUUCCUCCACAGAAGCACUAUACAUGAAAAAUAAUAAUUGCUAAUGUAUUAUAAAUGAAAAAAAAAAAAAUAUAUAUAUACAAAACAGAUGAAUCCUCUCUUUUGCUGAGAAAUGGAGCUAAUAUAAGAACUACCUUUUAUUGUGACUUCAGCAUUUAUAAUAUAAGGAGGCCAGACUUAAUAUGCAUUCAAGCAAUCCACAGAAGCGUGUCUCCUUUUGACUUGUGUAUUGGAUCUGUGUAUAGACUCCCUUUCUAGAUAGCUAGAUUUAUGGGGGGUGGGGGAGUUGUUUUGUUUUGUUUUUUCAAGACAAGUGUGAAAAGAAUCAGGCUUACCAAAAGCCAAGCAGUAUGAAAGCAUAAGGGGAAAAAUAACUUAUUUGUAAAGGAGGACAUUAGUCACAGUGAGUGCUAGCAAGCCAAAGCAGAAACACAAACUGCCAGUUUAAAAACAUCAAAUAUCCAUGUUGUUAUAUUCUAUUUCCCUCUUUCCUUUUUGUGUUAGAGGUUUUCAUCGAGACUAGUAUAUGUAAGCAUUGUGGUAAAAUAUUUCUAGUUUCAAAAAUGUAUUCAAGAAUGUAAAAAAUUAUUUUUUUAAAUGACACAUUCAAGAGGAAAAUAGCAAAUAACAAGAAAAGAGAAGCAAUAAGUUGAGGGUUGGCUGACGUGUAAUUUAUACAUGUGUUAUUAACAAUGAUAAUUUGCUGUGAAAUGUAGAAGCAUUCUAUUUACGUAUAUUUGACAUAAAACCUCAAAUGUUGUCUGGACUGUUCAAGUGGAUCCUUAACGCUCCAGUAAUGCAUAUAUACCUAAAUAAUGGACUUAUGUAACUCUCUUAAAGUUUUAUUUUGUCCAACAUUCACAACUAUAUAAUAAGCCUAGCAUUUUCUUCAUGGUCAUGCUCCAGUGCUUUUUUCGUCUGUAUCAUAUGUAGCACAGACCUGCUUCUGUACUAGAUGUAGUUUUGCGUUUCUUUAAGACCACUUAAUUGAAAAUUAGAUAUAUUUUAUUUAAAUUCUUUCUCUUUUGGUUACUUUCAGAACAGUGAACUCCCUGAGUCUGUGUCAGAAGAAAAACUAAAAGAAAAAAAAAAUAGCAGUGAAGUAGUGUCCAUAUCCUGAUUAUUUUUUUUAUAACAAAGGGGCUAAAAAAGUGCUGCAUACCAUGUUCCCAAAAUCAGAAGUUCAUUUUAAAAGAAAGUCUUUAUGAGAUAAUACAGAUUUUUAUCAGCUGCUUAGAGUACUUCUAACACUGUCAGUAGUCAGAGGAGCAAGUAAUGCCACAAGUACGAUCUUUAGAAACUAACAGAAGUGAACUAGGUGAACUAGUAACUUUAAAGUGUCUUUCCAAUCAUUUAAUUAAUUAAUUUUCACCAGGCUGUAGCAUAGAAAAGCUAUUGUUGCUCAUGCUGUCAUGUUAAUAGAAUUGUAUACAUUUUACCAUUUGUUUUGGAUUGACUAUACUUUAUAAAAAUAAACAUUUUCUUUUUGGUUUCAACUUUU